GCAGCUUGGACUGAACUUCUAGUCUCCGACUCAGGGCGUCUUUUGGAAGUGGCCGGUCUGUUGUUACCGGCGUUUCUGGCUGAAGCACAGGGCAGUGGCCGCUUCUCAGAAAAAGGUCUCCGAGACUGAGCAAAGGACAGUGAGGAGAGUAAGACCCACCACCACGCUUUUGUAUGAGCCGUGACCCCGCCUGGAACGGGGUUGUCCGCCGUGCGCACUCCGAGCCUCGCCCCACCCCUCGGUCUCUGCAGCUCUGGGAGGCGGCCCCCUGGGGCUUGCGCGCUUUCUACACCGCGGAGACUCGGGUGCCGGUUGCCCCGCCACCGACCAGGGCUGGUCUGAGAGGUCGUGGACCGGCUCUUGCCGCUGCCUCUCGCCGUUCCGCUUUGCCCACUGGGCCCCAUGGCGGCGCCAGCGCUGGGCAUCCUGUUCCCAAACCAGAGCUGAUUCACCUGCUGGAACAUGGGCACGAACUGUGGACAGUGAAAAGAGGCCGCUCCAGAAGCACCUGUGCAGGUGACAAAGCAAAACCUGAGACCACAGAGCUUACUGCUUCUCAACCAGCUCUCACUGAGGAAGCCCCUUUUGAGGAACGAGUGACACAUGGACCCUCAAGGCAUUCUAGGUUGGGGCAAGCGAGGGAUCAGGGAAAAAUGCAGGAAGGAAACUUGAGGCCAGGAGCAGACCCCUACAAGAAUUCAUGCUCUAGGAAGUUGAGCCGUAAACAUGAUGAUUUGCAGACAGAUGACAGUCUGUGUUUAAGGAUUUUACAGGAGCGAGUCACUACACGAGAUACUCCGCAUGAAUGUGAUUCACAAGAACCAGGAAAAGACCCUGUUAUUGAGACAAAGAAUAACCUCUACAAAUGCAAGGAAUGUGGAAAAGGUUUUAGCAAGAAUUGGGCCCUUGUUCGGCAUCAGCAGAUUCAUGCUGGAGUGAAGCCUUAUAAGUGCAGUGAAUGUGGGAAAGCAUGUCGUUAUAUGGCAGACUUCAUUCGACAUAUGAGGUUUCAUACUGGAGAAAAACCAUACAAGUGUAUUGAGUGUGGGAAGGCCUUCAAACGCAGGUCUCACCUCACAGAGCACCAGCGUGUUCACACUGGAGAUAAGCCCUAUGAGUGCAAAGAAUGUGGUAAGGCUUUCACCCACCGUUCCUCUUUUAUCCAGCAUAAUAUGACUCACACUAGAGAAAAGCCAUUUUUGUGCAAAGAAUGUGGGAAAGCAUUUUACUACAGCUCUUCCUUCACUCAACACAUGAGGAUUCACACUGGGAAAAAACUCUAUGAGUGCAGUGAAUGUGGAAAGGCCUUUACUCACCGCUCCACUUUUAUUCAGCAUAAUAUGACCCAUACAGGAGAAAAACCCUUUCUGUGCAAAGAAUGUGGAAAAGCCUUUUGCCUCAACUCAUCCUUCACCCAACAUAUGAGGAUUCACACUGGCGAGAAACCCUAUGAGUGCAGUGAAUGUGGAAAGGCCUUUACUCACCGUUCCACUUUCAUCCGUCAUAAGAGGACCCAUACUGGAGAGAAACCUUUUAAGUGCAAAGAAUGUGGGAAAGCGUUUAGUGACAGCUCUUCCUUAAUUCAACAUAUGAGGAUUCACACUGGUGAGAGGCCCUACGAGUGCAGGGAAUGUGGAAAGGCUUUUACACACCAUUCGGUUUUUAUCCGACAUGAUAGGACCCACAGUGGAGAAAAACCCUUGGAAUGUAAAGAAUGUGCAAAAGCCUUUUACUAUAGCUCUUCCUUUACUCGACACAUGAGGAUUCACACUGGAGAAAAGCCUUUCGUAUGCAGAGAAUGUGGAAAGGCCUUUACCCAGCCUGCAAAUUUUGUUCGGCACAAUAGGAUCCACACUGGGGAAAAGCCCUAUGAGUGCAAAGAAUGUGAGAAGGCCUUUUGUGACAACUUUGCUUUAACUCAACACAUGAGAACUCACACUGGAGAGAAACCCUUUGAAUGUGGUGAAUGUGGGAAAGCCUUCAGCCAUAGUUCAUCUUUCACUCACCAUCGCAAAAUUCAUACUAGAGUUUAAAAGAUAUAGGAAGAAGGCCUUUUGCAAGUGUGUUCACUUAAGUCAAUUUUAGUGAAUUCAUAAUAGUGAGUUCAUACUGGUGAAAUUCCUUUCCUUUUGAACAUGACUCAUCAGGGAAGUUUUUAGGCCAGAGAAAUGUCUUAGUAUCUGAAGAGAGACAUCCUAAUUGUCAUCUCGGUGAAAGUUUUUUGUGGCAUGUCAUUGCAAGGGUUUUACUAGAAAUUGAGCCAACCCACAGCUCUACAAUAUACCUGAGAAUCAUCCAUCAGAGAGACUCAGCAAUUGUCAUGCAUUUAGGGGAAAUGUCAGCAACAAUUCUUCCUGAAUUUAUACUACAAAUCCAUCUCAAGAGUAUUUUAAAAGAACAAAGAGAUGUAGAAGGAAAGAGAAAUGCAUGUGUGGUUGCUUCCCCAGUUCCUUGCCAAGCUUAUGACAAUUUGUCGUGUAUGUGUACACAUACAUGCACGUGCACACAUGGGGAUGAAGAGGGAAUGAAAGAUUAAAAGUCCUCAUGCAUUUUUUAUAUAUCCGUAAUCAAGAGAGUUGGACCAUUGGGGCAUCUCUGCUAACAUUAAAAGUUCUUUAUUAUAAAACAUUGCCAUGUCUACCCCUGAGCACAAGGCCUGAGUCGUGAAAUACACAUACACAUACACAUGCAGUCAAUUUUUGUUACUCGUGUGGUUAUAUUCUAUAAAUUCACCACGAACACUGAAGUAGUGAAUAGUGAACCAUUGCUCCUAGUGACAGUGUAGGUUAAAGUUCCUGUGAGCCUCUGUUCACAUUUUCAUCAGCCAAUCAAUACAUAAUCUUUUAUGGAAUUUUUUUUCUGUUUAAAGACACCUUAUUUAAUAAACACUUCUUAUAAGUUA